AUGCUUGAAAAUGGUCGUAAAGGUUAUGUUGGUUUUGGUUCUGAUAUCAGUGGUUAUCGUUUUGAUCAUGAUUCUGGCCCAUUAGGUCGUACAAAAGAAGUUGUUCUUCGUCUAAAUAUUUAUGUUGUACCUGUAAUACGAGAUCCAUCUCCUGGACGAAUUCAACGUGUAUGGUUACCAAAAAGUUCAACAAAUCAGUGGAUAAAUUAUUUUAAUACAUGA